UGGGCGGGUAGGAUCUAGGGCGACCUCUGAGGGUGAUGAGGAGGAGAGCAGGAGAAUGGUGGAGUGAGAGGAAAUGUGGAUAUAAAAGGCGGCGCCAAGCGCGGGAAAGCAUUACUUCCGACAUGAAGCUCCUGGUCUUAUUCUCAACACUCGUGGCUACGUCAUUAGCCGCACCUCAGGGCUACAGUCUGGGUACGCCCUCAGGACCAAGUUUUGGAAUAGGAGGUUCGAACCCAGGAUAUGGCUCAGGAGGAUGCGGCCCCGGACAGGUCCUGCAUGUCGACGGCAGGUGUGUCACUCCACGCGUCAAUCGCAAAGUGUACUUAUAUGACGCGCCACCAGCACCACCAAUUCCCCACGGUCCUCCUCCUUACAUCCCUGAGCCAACCAUAGACACAAAUAUUGUGUUCAUCCGAACUCCUGAAGGAGGACAAGGACCAGAUCCCAUCGUCGUACCUCCACCACAACAGAAACACGUACUAUAUGUCCUCAACAAACAGACACAACAAGGACAGGAAGUGAUUGAAGUGCCAGCACCACCAGCAACCAGUCCUGAAGUUUACUUCGUGAACUAUGCUGAUGGCGAGAACCCAGUUCUUCCCAGCGGUGUUGAUCUCCAGAGUGCCUUGAAUGCAGCUUCCCAAGGAGGUGGUCAAGUGAUUGGUGGCGGCGGUGUCGGUGGUGGUUUCGGAGGCAGCGGAGGUGUUGGCGGUGGUUUUGGAGACGGAAUUAGCGGUGGAUUCGGAGGUGGUGUUAUUAGCGGAGGCUUUGUAAGCGGUGGCGAUAGUGGAGAAUUUAUCUCUGGUGGAAGUGGAGGUGGAUUCAUCACAGGAGGGGGUUUCGGUGGAGGCUCCAGCGUUAUUUCCACUCCAUCAAAUCUUUACACUACACCAUAGUGUUUACCAUUUGAAAAUUUCCAUCAUACUUCUAGUUAGAAUUUUAUCUAAGGAGCUUUAUAAACUGCAUAAUCAUGAAUGUUUUUUUUUGUUUUGUUGUUUAUAUACAUUUAAUAAAUAU